GCACACUUCCUCUGCCAGAUUACUCUGUACCCUGGCAGACAUCCCAGCAGUGCACAGCUGACCGGACCGGUGACUCUACCUGAGACAGAAGCAGCUAAGGACCCUGCGAAGAAGCUCCAGUUCUCCUCCGCACUCCCCUCAGGAAGAGGUCUGAAAACCGAGACCCGCCUCGUCGCGUCUCCCCCAGAGUGGAGAAGAGCCUUCCGCCUCCCUCCCUCCCUCUCGCCUCGCCGCUCGCGCUGGCAGAAGGAUGACCAGGUCUCUGUGCAUCGCCACUCCUUUUGCAGGGCUGUUCGGUCCUGUGGUGGGGCAACAGGACUGCCGAUCUUGCAUACACCUGGAAAUAGGCACGGUGGUGGGCAUCAUCGUGGCUGACGUUGUCCUAACCCUCCUCAUUGCACUGUCUGUGUUUUUCUUUGUGUCCCGUCUGAGGAAGAGGACUCGUCUGGAAGCCCUGGAAAUUAAAGGGAAAACGCAGACAGUGUCUAUGAGAAAGAAGCCAGAAACAGAGUCUCCCUAUCAGGAGCUUCAGGGGGUGCAGGAGGAUGUCUACAACGACCUGAGACAGUUCCAAAAAUGAGGCACCCUUCAGACUGACAGUCACAGGACCCUGAAGCUCCCCUGAUUGGCCCCUCCUCCACCCGGCAUGGCUGCAUGUGAUGCACGCACACUCCAGCUGUCUGACACUGUCUGCCAACACUGGGCACGUGCAGCCUUCGCAAAGUAUUGUAAUAUGUGUGCCGUGGUGAACCUAUGAG